AUGGUGACAAGCGCCUUGGCAACGAUAGCGAUUCUCCUCUCGUGGGGCUACUGCGCGUUGGCCACGCGGGUCGGCUUCUCCAACUUCUCGGUGGACGACGAGGUGCGCUCCAGCUUCAUCCAGCGGCGGCUGCGGAACCAGGAGCGCAAAGAGAUGCAGCGGGAGAUCCUCUCCAUCCUGGGGCUGCCGCACCGUCCGCGGCCGCACCUUCACACCAAACACAACGCUGCGCCGAUGUUCAUGCUGGACCUGUACAACACCAUCACUGCUGACACGGAUCCGUACAGACAUUCAUAUUACAAGACGGUUUUACCCACGCAGACUUCUUCAGUGGUGACCCCGCAGGACAGCCGCUUCCUGGAUGACGCGGACACGGUGAUGAGCUUCGUCAACCUCGUUGAUCGGGAUCAGGACCUUCUGUUCCAGCAGCACACGAGAGAGUUUCGAUUUGACCUUUCCCGUAUUCCAGAGGGAGAAGCCAUAACGGCAGCGGAGUUCAGGAUUUACAAGGAUUUCAUCCAGGAGCGCAGUGAGAACGAAACUUUCAGGGUCACAGUCCAUCAGGUCCUGCAGGAGCCUCCAAACAGUGAAGUGGAGCUGCUGCUGCUGGAUCAGCGUGACAUUUGGGCUUCAGAAGAGGGUUGGCUGGUCUUUGAUCUAACCACGACAAGUAACCUCUGGCUGGUCAACCCCGAACAGAACCUCGGCCUGCACCUGGUGCUGGAAGACAGUAAUGGCCAGAGAAGGAACCCCCAGCUGGCCGGACUGGUGACGGGCGGUGGGCCUCAGGACAAGCAGCCUUUCCUGGUCGUCUUCUUCAAAGUCAAUGAAGUGCGACUCCGGAGCAUCCGCUCAGCUCACGGCCACAAGGGGCGGCAGUCGAGCCGCUCCAAACCUCAGAGGACCGUCCAAGAUGCGCUGAAGGCAGUGGAGGCUGCAACAGACAACCUCGGCAUCUCCAAAGAGGGAUGUAAAAAGCAUGAGCUGUAUGUCAGCUUCAGAGAUUUGGGAUGGCAGGACUGGAUCAUAGCUCCAGAGGGCUAUGCAGCAUAUUACUGUGAGGGAGAGUGCGCCUUCCCUCUCAACUCAUACAUGAAUGCCACCAAUCACGCUAUUGUGCAAACUCUGGUGCACUUUAUUAACCCGGACACGGUCCCCAAACCCUGCUGCGCCCCCACACAGCUCCACGGCAUCUCGGUGCUCUACUUUGACGACAGCUCCAAUGUCAUCCUCAAGAAAUACCGCAACAUGGUGGUCAGAGCCUGUGGCUGUCACUGACUGCUCAUACCCUCUUCUGUGAGUUCUGCAAGAUGCUGAAGAAAGGCAGAAGUGGAGCGAGCAGAGACAAGAGAUGAUUGACUGGCCGGUCACCGGGGAGUUAUGGCCGCAGAGCAAGCUUUAAUCUGGGGCUCUGUUUUUAUGACAAGCAGCUGAGUCGGUCUAAACCGCUACCACAGCCCCGUUACAACUACUGGUCACAGAGAAAGGCCGAACAAAGGAUUUUAUUAUUUUUCCUUUGAAUAUGAUGAGAAAAAGUGCACUGAAAAGACUUUGAGCAGAGUGGAGUUAUUUCUCCAGCUCAAACUUUUAUUGCUAAAAACAUCGUGUAAAAAGUGACAACCCUCCAUGUUUACAGAGAUCCUAUCAUGUGCAGCGCAUAUCUGCAUUUGAAUGCUCUUUGAGAUGAGAUUAUAAAAUAUUGCCUUUGUGGUAAUGUGCGUUUUAUAGCAGAUUUCACAGCUCGUAAAACUUUAGAGCUCCAUCUUCCCAUUGAACUGCUGCACCUUGGCUUUUCAGAACAGCUGGAUGAACUUGUGUCCUGAUGAGGGGCAAAAAAAAAAAAAAGAAAAAUCUCCAGCAAGACUCACUGGUGUUGAACUGGUGUUCAGCAGGAGAGAUGGACUAGGUCAGGACUGAGACAUCUGGCAGCUGAUGUGGAGCUCAGUGAAGAAUAACAGCAGUUCGUAACAGUGUGUGGGAUUCAGCUGCCUGAGCGCUGGACCCAGUUCUCUGAUGCAGACAUAUUUCACCGGCCCUGUCAAAGGCUUAAAGCCGACAAGAUGUCAGCGAUUCAUCUGCACAAGGUGAACAUCAGGAUGUGCACCAUUGCCCCUGAUGCAGCUGCCUUCUGGUGUCGGACCAGGGCUGCGGGUGGGCAAAGAGAGGUUGUGUUUUAUUUUUGUCACAUUAAAGAAGCGGAAUAAAGAUCAAAAA